GUGUUUGACUUUUUUUUUCGGGUUUUAACAAAGCCCAGGAAAACGACUGUGGACAGCCUAAAUUUUAAUUAAUUCGUAAAAUACAGAAACACGUACAAAUUAUUUGCGCUCAGCCACCGAAAUUGUUUCGAUUCAAUUGUGUAUAUAUACUUUUUUUUAUUUUAAUUUCAAAUAAAACCUUUCCCGAUGGAUAUUCUGCAGGAUGAGUUUGUUGUCCCCAAGCAGGAGGAUAUGGAGCACGAGCCGGUGCGCAAGGUGGCUGCUACGAAGAUGCUGCGUUCCGCUCGGCGUCGUCAUAACCAUGAUGCCAAUCUAAGCGCCACCAACACCACCGUGGCCGCUCAUGUGGUGGCCGGCAAGCCAAAGCCACCAAAACCAGAGUCCAAGAAGUUGCGCAAGAAGCUGACCGAAUGCGAGGAGGAGAAAAACACACUGGCCCAGACCAUUCAAGACAAGAAUCAGGAAAUCUCGGACCUCAAAAAGUCCGUGGAUUCACUCAACGAUGUCCUGAACUCGGUGCCCAUAGAUGAGUUGCGCUGCAACUCCUCGAUAGCCAGCACCAAGAUCCUGGAGCUGAGCAAGAAGAACCGUACAAUGCGGGCCGAACUCGAGCAGACAAAGGCUCGGCUGGGCAAGAAGGAGGCUCAAAUCGAGAAGCUGGAGCGAGAUGUGCGCUCCCACAAGGACAUGCUGCAGGCCAAUCAGGAUUUGAUGAAGAAAGGCACCUCUGCCGACGAGCUGCAGGCCAAGGUGAACAGCAUGCAGCAGAAGCUGUUCGAGACCAGGAACAAGAACACAGAGCUACAAAACCAACUCAAGCUAGCUCAAAAGUGCUUGCAGCACGAGAUUGGCGGCGAUACCAUCAAUGUCAACAUUCUGGCCAACAAUCUGAAUCAGGCCAACUGGCGUGGUCGCGCCCAGCAGAUCCUCACGCUCACUCAAAAAGUUCAGGAGCUAAAGGCCCGUCUUGACUCCAGCGAGGAUCGUUCUCUGGCUGGCGGUGGGACAGACUAUGUCCCAGUGCCGAUGGGCUCUGAUCUGGACAAGGUGCAUAGCAGUCCUCGAUCCUGUCACGCCAGCCUGGGUGGCGGUGAUGGCGCUGGCACCACUGCACCCUUCGAUCGUUUCACUCCAGGCGUGCGCAAGAGCGAGAUCCUCCACCGCGCUAAAGUUGAGGCCUUGGAAAAGGAGAUUGUAAAUCUGCAGGCCCAGUUGGAGGAUCAGCGCAGCAAGAUCUUGGCCCUAAAGGUGCGCAACAAGACCCUCAACGAGGAUCUCAUCAAGUACAAGAUUCGCUCCAGCGAACUCGAGGAGCAGACUGACUACAAUGGUGUCAACAUUGACACCAUGAACGACAAGCUCUCCAAGCAGCGUCAGCAGUACGAGAGCCGAAUGGAUGACACGCGUGCCGAGCUGAUCCGAGUGACCGAGGAGCGGGACACUGUUCGUCGGCAAAUGGAGGAGCUCAGCAGCAUGCAUCUGGAGCUGCAGACGGUAGUCAAGCAAAAGGAGGUGGAUAUUGCAGGCCUGCAGGAGAUGGCCAAGAAGCUGGAGAUGGAUUUGCGAGCAGUCACAGGGGGAUUCCUUUUCUCCUGCCGGGAGUUUCGAAAGGAGGAAUAUGUGGGCAUUCUGGAUGCCUUGGAGGUGGAAAAGAACCAGCUACUGCUGCUUAACAAGAGUCUCAAUGAACGCUUGGAGACGGAGCGUGCCAGGGUUGAGGGAACUCAGGAACAGAUAGCCAAACACAAGACCCGCAUUAGUCGUUUGGAGGCCAGAAUUCGGGAGCUGGAGAAGGAGCUUGAUGUUCAGUCCGACAAGAAGAAACGCACUCAGCGAAUGGCCGAAUAUGCCAGUUCGCUGAGUCGCACUUCUCUUAGCGGAUCAAUUGGCUCCUUUAGCUUUGAAAAUCAAUCGCAAUACCAAUCGAUUACCAAUCUGAAUUCAGGUCAGGUUGAGCCUAAAGUGGAGGAGUUAAAGAAUCAAUUGGAAUUGGCCCAGGAGAAGAUCACCAUGCUAACCGAGAAGCUGGAUUACAUCACCGAAGAAAAACGCUCCGAUGCCAAGUUCUUUGAGGAGACCAUUAACAACUCCAAGACCAUUAUCCUGGACACCAUUCUCGGGACUCGCGAGGGCAAAGGCACCAUUACCAGUGCCACCUCCACAGAAGAAGAGUCAGCCCAGAGUCACUGAGUUUGUGAUUAGUUUUCUAAUUAAUUUUUAAAGUUAUUUCCAAGCUAAAUAAAAAUAAAAAAAUCCACCUUGGGUUUUUCAUAAA